AUGUCCUAUCGGUCGCAGCCAUGCUCGGCCGGAUCCUUCUAUCGAGCAGUACGCACGGACAGGAAGGGAACAGGCCGCGCUCGGCCGAAUAGGGAAUCGGAACGGACCGACCGUGCCGGUCGAUCCGGGAAACAUACGUUCUCCCUCGGCCGAUUUCACGUCCGUCUGAUACUUGGCCGACCAAACCGCACGAUCGGGACGAAAAUCUAUCGGCCAUCGGCCAACUUUUCUCGGCCAAGGUACCCAAUGGCAAGACAAAAGGAAGUGAGAUAUGAAGAAGAAGAAGAUCCAUUCAUGCAACCACCAAGAAACAAAUCAAGCUAG